AUGGCCAAGCUACAUCCUGCCUUGAAAUUAUCUGCGCUCGAUGCGUUACCGCUGCCCCUUCGGCACUCCGCUAAAAAUGCGUGCAAGCCAAACGCCACCGGACUCGAGAUGUCGAAGCCGUUCCACAUCAUCGAUUGGGCAACUCUCACCCCAACCCGGCAGCUCGCUGGUCUUCCACUUUGUUACACUCUACUGGACCCCGCGCUCGUUCCCACUGUAGAAGCUCUGGAGGAGAAUCUACAACACGAAGACAAGGAUUUGUCGCAUGCCCUUCAUGCCCGCAUGUUGGCUAUGGAACUCCUUGCGUCGAUUGCAACUGCUCAGUCAACAAUUCUCCAAGUUGGGACGGAUAUCUGGUCCAGAUUUUGGCCUUGGUCUGAAUUCUUCCGGGACAUUUGGCCCUCCUAUUUUCCGCUCACGGAUGGGGACUGCGAAGAGCUCAAAAACGACAGGUUCCUGCUUUUGAUCUCUGGCGCACUCUGCAGAGAUCCUGCUUCUCGUUCUCUUCUACGAUCAACAUCGGGUUUUUUCACAUCGCUUGCAAUUUCCUGGAAGCACGUUUUCCCUGCGAUACCAGAUCGCCAUGCCUCACCGGAUACGAAUACUACAGAAGACCGUGCGCCGGAGACGAUAAUGAUGUGGUUCACGGAUAUGCUGGCACAUACUGACACGUCCGACGACCGAGUCUGGCAAGAGAUCCUACAUGGCUUCGGAGCGUCGACAGAGGACCUUUGUUCACACGUCCUGGCCCUGUUAGACUUCACAUGUGGCCUGCGUCAAUUCCACUACCUGCACGAAAUUUCCACGUCUCCAGCAAAGCGUCAGGACGACUAUAUUGUCAAGAUUCUUUCGUUUGCUCGCGGACUGGUGCGACGCAUUUCCAGGGCCGAGAUGCAGCCCCCAUUUAGCGCCAUACUUGUUGGUGAGCCGCACGCGGUGAUGCCCAUGUUGAUGGCGAUGCUCAGCAAUCUUGCUCGUGCGGUUAUGACCCAGAGAAACUUGAAGGCAACGGUCUCGCUAACCGAGACUUUUUUGCUACUACAUGCUGCUUUAGGCAACAAACGACGACUGCUUUACGCGCUCGACAACUUGAACGAGUUUUGGCCUACCCUCUUCCACAUCGGGUCUCUGCCAAUCGACUGGACCGACCGAUUGUCCAUAACUCAGACGGGAGAAAACUGUGUUACGUUUCUCUUGAGGAGGAUUAUUCCCCGCGAAUGCUUCGAUCGCACCAUCUGCUUAAAGCUCCGCCAAUCUAUUGCUAGGCCUGAGACUGCGGCGAAACUCGCGCGCUUUACCGCGUCGGAGAGUUUUCGGCGAACACCCUUCUUCAGCGCCUGGAAGGACUUAACAGAGUUUCUGCGCAUCCGCUAUGAAGCCUGGUCUUCUGUUUCGCGACACAUAGGAUGGAAGGAUAAUACCAUUCUCAAAAUUUGUGAUAAUCUUGAGUGUUGCCUGGUCGCGGAUGCAAGGGAGUUCAGGCGAUGCUCGGCAUGUCAGAUGGUCUACUACUGCUCUAAAUACUGUCAGAAAGCGGAUUGGAAGAGGGGAAACCACAGGAUAUGGUGUAUCGGGUUACGUGGCCUAAUCCUUGCCGAGCACUCCCGUCCCCACCUGCAUUACCGCGUGCGAAAUGUGAUUCGGACCCAGAUGAAUGUAUGCUACCUCGCCAAUUUCGAGCUCAUAUGUGCGCGUCAUGUACUGCGAAUGGUACAACAGCCCAAGGUCAAGAUAUGGGCAACCUAUUUCGACUUCUCCUGCGGGAACGCCAACGCGCCGGCCCCUGGAAUCGUCGUGACAUCGCUGGAUGGCCUCUUCGAGGCAAACCUUAUCGAGCUUGUCGGCCCGGAAGAUCCCAACUUCCAAGCCGAGCUCGUCAGCGUGUUAUUGGAGCGUGUUCAUCGCGGCGCGGGGCGGCUGAGUGUGCACUGGGCCAACAUAACCUUCGGGGCGGAGGGGGAAAAUACCGCGAUUUUGGUCCCCUUGCGGUCAUCCAGCGCUGCGCUGACUGAGGUGCUGCGAAAUGUCGCAAAAAGUCACACCUGGCCCCGCGAUCUGACAGAGGAGGAUAUUAUGAAGAGAGUACCAUCAUUCCGCGCGUUGGUGCCAGAUCUUGUGGAAUACCACUGUUAA